CUUGCAGCAUGUCACCGCCAGCGCUGCUGCUGGCAAGUAACUGCUGUCGGUUCGUGUGAUCCGGUGGCGUAUUAUUUUCCACAAAAUUCAACUUCCAAAAAGAAAUUCGCGACUGCCAGUGGUAAUACGAGGAGGCUGGUGCGUCGACCUCCAUAUUCGGUCGAGAUUUGUCCUUCAGCUGUUUGGCAUUUGACAGCUAGAGUCGGACCAAGCUCGACACAGAUUGGGGACAUCGUUAUUAGCCAACAGUAGCUAACUUGUCCCUACAUAUCAGCUGCCUCAGCGCUGUAUGUGCGGCAAUAACAUGUCAGCGCCUUUACCUGCCAUUGUGCCUGCUGCCCGGAAAGCCACUGCGGCGGUGAUAUUUCUGCACGGCCUUGGUGAUACGGGGCAUGGCUGGGCAGAAGCUUUCGCAGGCAUCAGGAUACCACAUGUGAAAUACAUCUGUCCACACGCUCCCACCAUGCCUGUUUCUUUGAACAUGAGAAUGUCCAUGCCUUCUUGGUUUGAUAUCUAUGGUUUGAGCCCAGAUGCAGAUGAAGAUGAGAGUGGUAUUAAAAGAGCGUCAGAGAGCAUUAAAGCCCUGAUAGAUCAAGAAGUGAGGAAUGGUAUUCCUUCACACAGAAUUAUCCUGGGUGGAUUUUCACAGGGCGGAGCAUUGUCUCUGUACACGGCUUUGACAACUCAGCAGAAGCUAGCUGGUGUGGUCGCUCUGAGCUGCUGGCUCCCUCUACGCAAGUCCUUCCCUCAGGCUUCUGCCAGCAGUGCAAACAAGGACAUGCAUGUCCUUCAGUGCCAUGGAGAUGCUGACCCCCUGGUCCCCUUUUUAUUUGGCAGCCAGACAGCAGAGAAGAUGAAAAGCCUCAUCAAUCCAGCCAACGUCACCUUCAAGUCGUAUCGGGGUCUACCUCACAGCGCUUGUCCAGAGGAAAUGGUGGACAUCAAACGAUUCAUAGAGAAGCAGCUUCCUCCCAUCAGUGCUGAAUGAACUCUGGAGUAGCCGCACAACCGUACAGCACCGUCUGAGUCCUUUGGGCUAAACGCCAGUGGGACCCCGUGGACUCGAGGAACCACAGACUUACUUGACAAUAAAACCACGCUGCUACUCAUAGAGCCAGACUUUAACUGGGGCUACACGUUAGCCUGGGAGAGGCAUGACUGAAACAAUGCUGCAUCCUGACCUGGAGCCACACACAGUCCUUAACAGUAGAGUAACAGUAGUUGCUUGAUUGUAAAGCUAUUUGCCACUGACACAAGCCAUUUCCUGUAGGAGACGUAUGUAUUGGAAUAACUAGGGCUAUACUUUAUGGUUUAAUACCUACUAUCUCACAAUAAAUGGCCUGUUGUUAAAUGUUCUUUUUUAUCAAUGUAGCCUAUGUGCAGUAGUGCUGAAACAAGUUUAUUAUUCGAUAAAUUAACUUAAUUUAGGCAUUUUAUGAAGCAAAAAAGUGUUGCUUCCAGCGUCUCACAUCUGAGUCUUUGCUGAUUGUAAAUCUAAUAUAUAGGGUUUGUUUCGGACAAACCAAUUAAAAGACAUCAUCCUGGGCUUUUUGUAACGCGUGACGGUUGUUUUUCCGUGUUUUUGACAUCUUGUAUCAAAAGUUAAUUCUAAUGGAAAGAAUAACUUUUUUGCAGCCCUAACGUGAAAUAUUUCAUUAGCUACACAAAUCUAAAAAUAAAGCAUUUUCAAACAAA